GUAAGAAUAGCCGUAUAUAUUGUUAGUAAACAAUAUUGGAUAUUCAAGGAUAAAUUCAUUAGCUGACCAUGCAGUCAGUUUAUGCGGCGUUCCUAGCCACAGGCCUUGCUGUGGUUGCUUACUUUGGCCAUCAAGUCUGGUCAGUAAAUAAAGCACCAACAAUGGCGGAACAAGUUAAACGAGAGCUCAUUCCAAAUGAGGAGUUCGUCAAACACUCAGAUAUAUUCAACAAGAAGGAAGUUAUAAAGGUAACGGAUAACAUCUAUGUGGCCAUUGGAUUUGCUUUGGGGAACUCUAUUAUGGUGAUCGCACCUGAAGGUCUAAUUAUUGUCGAUGUCACUGAAAGUGUCACAGCAGCCAGAGAAAUUCUCAAAGAGUUUCGGAAGAUCACAAAUAAACCGAUCAAAGCUAUCCUUUAUACUCAUCAUCAUCAAGACCAUAUAGGAGGAGCGCAGGGAUUCUUAGAAAAAGGUGUAGCAUUGCCGGAAGUCUGGUCUCAUCAUAAACUACCAAAUGAAGUCGCAAGUUUCUUCACUACAUCAUAUGGAGCUAAAGUUCGACGGUCUUCACGACAGUUUGGUGUAAUGGUACCAGCAUCACGCAAGAUCAAUGCAGGGUUAGGUCUGAAUUUACGAUAUGAUUCGCAUGGGUUCAUUCCCCCCACCAAGUUAGCGACUGGAAAAGACACAUUUGCUAAAAUUGCAGGACUAGAUGUGCAUAUUCAUCAUAUCCCAGGGGAAACAUCAGACCAAAUUGGUGUAUGGAUUCCGUCCUGGAAAGCAUUCCUUAGUGGUGAUGAUGUCUACAAAGCUUUCCCGAACAUUUACACCAUACGCGGAGCACCAGCUAGAGAUCCGGUAGACUGGUAUACAUCUGUUCAGAAAAUGCUAGAUCUGGAUCCUGAUUAUCUUGUUCCUAGUCACCAUCGACCGCUCAUUGGGAAAAAUGACAUUCGGAAUGUAUUAAUUCCUUACAGAGAUGGAAUUCAGUUCGUUCACGACCAAGCACUAAGAUUUAUCAAUAAAGGUUUGACACCUGAUGAAAUAGCAAAGCGUGUGAAAUUGCCAGAAAAAUUAGAGAAACAUCCUUAUUUAAGAGAAUUUUAUGGCACUGUCCCAUGGUCAGUGAAAGGGGUAUUUCAGCUGUAUCUUGGAUGGUUUAGUGGAGACCCAGUAGACCUUUUCCCCUUAUCAACACCAGAAAAAGGCUCACGUGUCAUUGCGUUGGUGGGAGGGGUUGAUAAUGUUAUUUCCGAGGCUAUUAAAGCCUGGAAUAAGGAUGAUAUACAAUGGGCUCUUGAACUUGCUUCAUAUGUUCUUAUACAAGAUAAAGAUAACAAAGACGCCAAGAAACUUAAAGUUGAUGCUCUUAACUUAUUGGGCAGCAGACAGAUAAAUUCCAUUGCUGCUAAUUAUUAUAUCACAUGCGCACUCGAGACAGAAGGUAUUGUUAACCUUGAAGAUGAGUCAAAUAGGAAAAACGAGUGGCAGAUAAUCCAAAAGCUACCACUGAAACAGUUGUUCCAGAUAUUUAGUACUAUGUUCACGCCGGAAGUUGGAGUUUGUGAAACAACUGAAGGAGUCGUCCAGUUUAUCUUUUCAGAUACAAAUAAUUUUGUGGUACUAAUAAUCCGGAAUGGUGUCGCUAUUAUUGAGGAGGAUGGAAGAGCAAAGAAUGCGGAUGUUACUGUAAAAACAACCGAGCCAAAACUUAAGGCAGCGUUUAUAACGAGACUUGAUAGAAAAGGAGACUUUACAAAAGAUCUUGAUAUAGAUGGAAGCAUAACCAAGUUUAAAAAUUAUAUGAAUUGCUUUGAAGAAGAUUUUCAGCUUCUUUUGCCAUGAAUAUCAACGUAAAAUUAAAGAAACAGUAUAAAUAAAAAAUAUCUCAGUUUAAGCAAAUCAUAUUGUUUGAUCCUAUCAAGAAUUGCAUCAAUUUUAAAUUCAACAAAUUAUCAUGACAUCAAAUUGUGUAUUGCAUAAAAUAAAUUGUUUGUGUUUGAAGAAUCUUUUUACGAUGGGCAAAUUAUUGAAUCUUUACUGUUAUUCCUGCAGUGUUAAUUUUUUCCCAUCGGACUACUUUUGAAACCAAUAAAUACCAUAGUGCAUAUUGGAUCACGUUACACGUAUAAAAGAUCAUAAAACGUGUUAAUAUAAUUUACAAUCCUAAUCGAACAUACCAGUAAUAAAAAAAAAUUGAAAGAAUAAACGCCUGUAUACGGAGUUGCUGAUUCGUUUUUGGAUACUUGACCCACUUAACACAUUUAAAAACUCCUGUUUUAUCUAAUAAAUUAAAUAUGUAUAAACUGAUAUAGUCAUUGCUUAACUAAGAUCUAGAUGAUUCUAUAGGACUGCGACUCCUUUCAUAAAAAAUACUUUACGUGAAAAAUAUUAGUAGUUCUACUCAAAAGAUUUGUUGGUGAAAAGAGUCGCUAAUCCAACAGCUUUUCAGUAUCCGACCCUCGAGAAUAAACGCAUAUUAUAUUCUAGCAAAAAGUAAUGCUACCGUUAUCUUAUGCGCAUAAUGAUAGGUGCAGCAGAUAACGCGAAAUUUAAAUAACGAGGAAGAAAAGAUUUUUUUAUAUGUGUUAAUUAUCUUGUCUCAUAGGUUAUCCCAAUACUGCUCAUUAAACAAAUAUCAUAUAUUAAAACAAACAAUACUUUCCCAUUAACAAUUUAUAGUUACUUUAAUGAAAUAAAGUUUCAGGUUCCGGCUAUAUCCUUCCUUGUACUUUGAACUAAAAAAAUCAUUUAAGUGGAUGAAAGGUUAUCAUUUCAAAUUAAACAAAAUAAUGACCAGAUAGAUAAAUGACAAAAAUAUUGAAAUUCAGUUUCGUAAUAAUUUGUUCAGUUUCGUUUUCACAUAACUCGUCAACUGUCCAAUUAAAGUCUGUCUCAGAUUCUGAAAUGAAAUGUACAGUUUUUAAUAUUUCAGGUUUGGUAAAAUUGGUAAUAUUUUUCAUACAACUUCAGCUCGAACUAGUUAAAUAUUUGUUUAGAAAUCAAAUGAAAUCGGCGAAAAACGUUGAUAAAUUUGUCUUUGAAAGCCACAAUGUGAACCUUUUUGGCUGAUCGAGUGAGCGUAGCGGCUGAUAUUUUAUGAUACCUAUACGGAGAAAACCCGAUAAUCUGUCUAUCGUUACAUCACUGUUCAGUGUUCUUUUCUCCUUCCCCUUGACAGUUUUACGCUUGACGCCUCAGAGCCGUGAUACGAGAAUUACGGAGCGACUGCAUAGGGUGGUGUAGGCGAAGGAAAGACGAAAAUGUGAGUCUUACAUAAGCUUGGUUUUGUUUAGAGGUCUUUGAUUUUUAUUCUUUAUACUAUUAGAUGAGCAACGAUUUCGCCGAAAAAGUUUGUAUAGCAAAUCCAUCCAAAAUUUAGCUAUUAAUAUAUUGUGUUUCGAUCCCAAAUUUCGCACAUGCAUUAGAUAACUAAACAUGUUCUGUUCAUUAAAGUACUUUUGUUGUUUGA